AUGGGUUCACGGAACCGAUCUGCUUUGGACACGGUCCUAACGAUGCUUUAUAUUGAGCAAAACCAUUCCAUCGAGUUCACCAGGGGACAACUGCCCCAACAGCUUGUCCACUAUGCCGAACAAGAAGGUCUGCACAUCGUCGAGAACGACAAGAAGUCACUCGUUGCGCAAAUCCAGCAACAUAUGGCCAUCAAGGGCGGUAUGAGGGCUGUCGACAGGAGAAUGCCCGAUGGUACGCCGUUCCUCCACGCAAUCGGCGCUCGUGGCCGGCAGACGCAAGCCGCAAACAAUUUCCCCCAGCUACGCACCAUGCACGAAGAGCAAGUCGUGCUUGGCUGGCCUGUCCUAAGUCGUGGUCGUGAAUCUCAGGAAGCUUCUGGCUGGGCCGCGUUGCGGAAGACUGUCGCUAACAGGGUGGCGAAGUAUGAAGAACACUUGCAGAGGGAUGUUGACAAUGUUGUGGCGAAGAAACGCAAAUCAGUCGAAGGCGCCAUUUACUCGUCUUCACCACCGCGGAAGCAGAGGGCUGCCGAAACCAAACCUCGCAAGCAGAAACAAUUUGGCGAAAAAACCUGCUCGACCUGCGGAAAGACGUUUCCAAACCAAUCCAAAUUGGACAUACAUGCGACAAGUCAUACUCAAGAAAAGCCUUACGCCUGCCCGGACGAGUCUUGCAGCGAAACCUUCGGCACAGAGACAAAUGCCAACAACCAUUAUCGCAGAAAGCACACAGACCUUGCGAAGACGUUGUGUCCUACGUGUGGGAGGACGUUCUCAAACAAAGACAACAUGAAGAGACAUCGGAAGUCCAAGCAUCCUUCAGCUUGA